UCAACCCCGAUGGCUACGAGCUGGCCCAUGAGGCGGGCUCCGAACUGGGCAACUGGGCACUGGGCCAUUGGACAGAGGAAGGCUUUGACCUCUUUGAGAACUUCCCCGACCUGGCCUCAGCGCUGUGGGCAGCCGAGGAGAGGCGGCUGGUGCCCCACCAGUUUCCCAACCAUCACAUCCCCAUCCCAGAGCACUAUCUGUCCGAGGGUGCAGCGGUGGCAGUGGAGACACGGGCUGUCAUGGCGUGGAUGGACAAGAACCCUUUUGUACUGGGAGCCAACCUGCAGGGUGGGGAGAAGCUGGUGUCCUACCCCUUCGACACGGCUCGGCCCAGCUCCCCAACGCCAGCAGCUGUCCCUCGUCCACUGGACUACGAGGACGAGCGCCCAGAGCUGCAGGAGACACCCGACCACGCCGUGUUCCGCUGGCUCGCCAUCUCCUAUGCUUCAGCACACCUCACCAUGACUGAGACCUUCCGCGGGGGCUGCCACACACAGGACAUGACUGACGCCAUGGGCAUCGUGCAGGGUGCCAAGUGGCACCCCCGGGCUGGAAGUAUGAAUGACUUCAGCUACCUGCACACCAACUGCCUGGAGCUGUCCCUUUACCUGGGCUGUGACAAGUUCCCUCAUGAGAGUGAGCUGCAGCAGGAGUGGGAGAACAACAAGGAGUCUCUGCUCACUUUCAUGGA